AUUUUUUUGCUUCACUGUAGGCGUGGCGCACAGAGAGUUAGAGAGGAGGGAGGAGGAGGCUAGAGAGAGAGAGCGAUAAGGCGGUACUCGCCACUCGGAGAGCUACGCAGACGUCAAGUGCUGGGCAGCUAGGUUGUGGGACUCAUCCGAAAACUCGCACUUGAAGAUUCACUGAAGCAAUGGAGGAUAAAUAUUUCCCAAUGAAAUAGUGUUCCUUUGGAAACUCGGAAUUCCCAAUUCCCAUAAGUUGAGGCAUCAUCGUCAAAGGCAGACCAUGAUCACCUCAAACAUAGUUCUCCACUGUCGCACACGUGUUAUCAAUAAACUUGUGAAAGCUAAACCCUAAACUGUUGUUCAGUGACGUGUGUAAACAGAUGCCCUGCUACUGACUAAACAUCGUAAUUACCAUCUGCAACUACCAGAUUGUCAAGAUCUUCAAGUUUUUCCAAGAUGCCCAGCGAGCAGCGAGACGGAUGGACCAGAGACUCCAGCAGCCCUGCCUCCACCUCCACCAUUAAUUUGCUGCUCACCAGUCACCACCAAGAACUGACAACAGAAGCUGCUGUGGGAGCCAUGCAGCCCCGAAAUUGUUUCCCAGAAGCUGCCAUGCUUGGUUCAGAUCUGCUCGCCGAAGGAAUUGUUGCCGCAGCCCUCUUCACCACGAGAAGGAGCAGAUCGACGCCGAGCUGUGGCGACGGCGGCGAGAAGACAAGGCAGCAGCUCCUUCCAGCGGCGAAGCAGCAGUCUCCUCUUGGCCUUGAACCUCCGUCUCUCUCCUCGACCAGCAGCGAUGGUGGUAGGCGACGGCGGUGGAGGGCGAGCUAGCUGGGCAGAGCGGCGGCGAUGGGAAGGGCUCCGGCGAGGUUCCUCUCCUCUCCCCCUCCGUUUGGCGACACAGCGUGACCAGCAGCAAGGAAAUGGUUGAGAUCUGCUCGCGUUGGUUGACUUGGUUCAGAUCUGCUUGCGUUGUAUCUAAUUAUCUAGUAUCUACUGCCGGCACCCUAGGCUCUAGGCGCCUAGCGAUUUUUUCAACAUUGGUCAGAGUUCCAGAUGUUUUGUUCUAACAGUGAUCUCACCUUUUGCAAUUUCAUCUGAUAAGUUCCCACUUUUGCAGCGACUCCAGAAACACAAUUGCUGGAAUAAACAUAUACCUUCUCCAAUCUCAUGAAAGUGCAGGGAUUGCCAUCAGCAGCAAUUCUGAUCGUGAUCUCGCAUUUUGCAAUUUCUUCUGAUCAGUUCCCACUUUGCAGCAACUCUAGAAGAAAUUUGUUGGAAUCUCAACAUAUACCUCCAGAAUCUCAGGAUAGAGCAGACAUUCUUGUGCUUUUAGUGAAUUAGUGGUAAUCCAAUUACUAGAUUUAUUGCUCUAGAGCUUUACAAAGUUUUUACUCCUGUAAUUUGCAAUCACAUUCUAUGAAGUUGCAUUGAGUGUUGGCAACUAAAAUGGGUUUGAUCUUUCCUUGUGAUUCUCAUUUUUCUUUGUAAUCAAGAAAUGAGAUAUUUUAUGGUACAUAGUAUUCUCUUUGAAGUUGCAUUCUAUAUAUAUGAUUGAUGUUGUCCUUUGCCCAUGUACAUAGAAAACUGAUUUACUUUCGAGAACAGUGAAAUUUCACAAUUUUGCUUUCAAUCAAGAUAUGAUCCAUGAAGAGGGUAAAGAAAGGAAUUUCUUCUUGUUGAGGCCACCCAAGAUAAAAGGACAAAGAAACCCUAAACCAAAACUGUGAUAUUGCGGCUGAUGAUGAAUUUCUUAAAGCAAUUUAACGUCAUGGAUUUUGGUAUCUCCUAUGUUGAAAUUAAGUUGAAGCCCUCUUCUUCAAUGAAAAAUAUUGACAGGUUACAAAUAUAUGGUUUUCCCAGGGUUCAUACUCCUGUUGAUCAGAAACCAGAAUACUAUGAUAACAUCCUGGAAAACAUGUCUCAUUUCAUUGCUUUUCUCAACAUUCUUUUCAUACUCUUCUGAAUGCACAUUCACCAUUACUAACAAUUGUCCAUAUACAAUAUGGCCCGGCACGCUAGCCGGUUCAGGAACGCCUCAACUUUCCACAACCGGAUUUCAGUUGAAUUCCGGCCAGACUGCCAGGAUUUCUUGUGUUCCGGGGUGGUCCGGCCGCAUUUGGGGCAGGACCGGUUGUACCUUUGAUGCAUACGGCGUUGGCUCGUGUGAAACCGGGGACUGUGGCGGAAAGCUCGAAUGCGCCGGCAUCGGCGCCACUCCACCGGCUUCGCUCUUCGAGAUUACCCUCGGCAAGGGAAACCUGAAAGACUUCUACGAUGUCAGCAUAGUCGAUGGCUACAACUUGCCCAUUGUCGCGGCUCCGCUAGGGGUAUAUGGACAAUGCAAUGCCACUGGAUGCAUUUCUAAUCUCAACUAUGGUUGUCCCAAGGAACUUCAAGUGGUUGGUGGAGAGGGCGGGGACGUGAUUGCGUGCAAGAGCGCGUGUGAGGCGUUUGGAUUGGACCAAUAUUGCUGCAGCGGAGAGUUUGCGAAUCCAUCGACUUGUCAGCCAUCGUUCUAUUCCAGCAUCUUCAAGAGAGCUUGUCCCAGGGCUUAUAGCUAUGCUUUUGAUGAUGGAACCAGCACCUUUACCUGCAAGGCUUAUGAAUAUCAAAUCAUCUUUUGCCCCAAGAAGGGUAACAGUGCAACGAGACCUCCUCCUCCUCCAACUUAUGGUGGUGCUCCUCCGCCGCCUCCUCCAUCGUAUGGCGGUGCUCUUCCUCCACCUCCUCCGUCUUACGGUGGUGCUCCUCCGCCUCCUCCUCCAUUGUAUGGUGGUGGUCUUCCUCCGCCUCCUCCGUCUUAUGGUGGUGUGGUUAUUAUGCCUCCGCCCACUGAAGAAGAAAGCAGAAAUGGGAAGUAUGAAGGAGGGAUGGUGUCAUCUUCAUCAAAGACUCUGCCCUUCCCGGCAUUGAUUGUCAUCUUUAUUUUCAGUCUGGUUUUGCAAUCAUAGGCUUGGCAAUAAUGGUUAUAACAAUUGGGUUCAUGCAAUCAAGAUGUUCAUGAAUAUAUAAAAUAAAUAAAUAAACUUGAUACUCUCCGCCCACUAAUGAUUUCAUGGAGCGCCAUACAAUUUUAAGACUAUGUACUUCGCAUAGUUUAAAUGUAUUACUUUUUAAGUA